AUGGCCUUUCGAAGGAUAGACGUGGAUGCGUUUGACGACGACAGAGUGGAAGAGUCGGAUCUCUACGAUGCCUAUCCUUACUCGCCGCAGGAGAGCGCAAGUUUGGCUAAGCGGAAAGAGAGGGAUAUCCGUGCAUUGCUACAGAAGGGAGACUACACAAGUAGCUUGGUCACCGUGCUGAACGAGCCGCCGUACGGUCCCGAGCACGCAGAUGCAAAGACAACAUCACUCGCCUGCAUCCUGCUCAUACUGUCACAAGUCCGCUCGACAGAGAUUGCAAAGACGAUCAAGACACUCUCGCCCGAACAGCAAGACACGCUCAUGAAGUAUCUCUACAAGGGCAUGUCAGAGCCCGAGGAUAGCUCGAGCGGCGGUGCCAUGUACGGAGCAGGCGCACCGGUUGGCAACAUCAUCCCUGGCAACUCUUGCGCUGUCUUGCUCAGCUGGCAUGAAAAGCUGACAGAGAUUGCCGGCACGGGCUGCAUCGUCCGAGUCAUGUCUGAUCAUCGAAGGGUGUGA